GUUCAGUCUCAGAAAAGCCUAUCUUUAAAACCUUUUCAGGCUUGAAAAAAGAUUUUCGCUUAGCCUUUUCAACAACUAUUGGUUUUCUCUUUUGAUUCAACUGAAAUAUGAAGUCGUUUUGGAAAGACUUGACUCGUAGAGAAUUAAUCCCCAUCAAGAUUUUAAUGUUCUUAAUUUAUGGAGGACAAGCUACCCUGUAUCCCUACUUCACAGUACAUCUUAAAUCCCUUGGUAUGUCUAUCCGAGAAACUGCUAUCAUCUUUGCCGUUCAACCACUAGUGGCUUUGUUCGUGGCACCUUUAAUCGGUGUCUUAGCUGAUCGGAUCGGAAAUUUCAAAAUUUUGUUUUGUUUUUUCCUCACCUUUUCAGCUGGAACAUGCCUUGGUCUUUACUUUACCCCUCCCGUGGAGAUAAACUUUCAGAAUAUCAAUCUUGAACUAAGCUGCCACUCAGGUUCUAAUAUUCCAAACACUGUCAACUUGAAUAUGAGCAAUUCCUGCGUACUCAGGAACCAUUCGUACAUGGAGGAGUUGACAGUACAACUUUCAUUUUGCCAAAAUAUUUGCGACGGAACGAAAUCAGAUAGUGAAUUAUGCUUCAAAAACGACAAUGUAGAGGAUUGUAAUUGUAUAAGCAAAAAUGAAAGUGUUACUUUUCGUAUAUUCGACCUGAAUGCUAAGUCUCCAGUACAAGAUACUGAAAACGGGAGCGUUAUCAUUUCUUACUUCAUUGCAAACAACUUCUCUUAUGAUGGAAAAUUUUAUGACAGAAUUAUCUGUAAACCUGAAUAUAUGCCAAAUACUGAUCUACAUUGUUUCACUCUAUGUGCUAUCGAGGCUAAAGGGAAUGACAACUUGUGUUUUGGUGAGAGAAAUUAUUUCAAAACAUUUUGGAUUUAUUUGUCAGUUCGACUUGGUGUUUCACUGGGAAUUGGACUUGUAAAUGGACUCUUCGACGCAGCGUCAAUGGUAGUGAUGCAAAAGUAUGAUGCAGAUGUUGGCUACCAGCGCAUGUGGCAAGCUGUAGCCAUGUGCUCAUUUGCUCCAAUUAGCGGCGGCUUGGUAGACUGGAUCAGUGAGGGAGAAAACGCCAAAACGUAUUCCCCAUGUUUUUAUCUUUAUGCAGCUUUAUAUGUUACUGCAGCUAUAGUUUCGCUCUUUGUAGAUCUCAGCGUAAAAGUUCCAUCAGAAGGGGCUAUUAAAAAUUUGGGGAUUCUGUUAUCCAACAUUGAGGUGAACUUGUUGUUGUUUAAUGUUUUAUUCUUGGGGAUUUCAUGGGGAUUUUUAGAGAACUUUUUAUUUUGGUUUCUAGAGAGUGAGCUAAAGUCAUCCACAUUGCUGAUGGGAUUUACCCUUACUGUCGGAGCAGGAACUGGUGUCCCAAUUGCGAUCUAUUCCACAUGGAUAAUAAAGAAAGUUGGCUAUGUAAAUGUCAUUGUUUUGGCUUUUGCGGCAUACGUAAUAAGAUUUAUGGGGUAUUCCUAUGCCACGAAUCCGUACAUGUGUCUUAUUUAUGAAACUAUGGAGAACUUUACAGUUACACUCCUAACCGUUGGAGUGACUCUUUACUGCACUCACCUGGCUCCUUUAGAGAUGCUAACAACAAUUAUGACACUUUGGAACAAUCUUCACUUCAUUUCUGGAAGAGCAUUUGGAAGCCUAAGUGGUGGAUUUAUGACAGAAGCCUGGGGAUUUCGAGAAACUUUCAGAAUUUACUCCUACAUUUCCGCUGGACUCUGUGUCUGCUACUUCCUCAUCAAUGUCUUUUAUUUAAAAAAACGCACUAGUUCUGAUAAAGCUGCUGACUCCUUUUCAGAAACAAAAGAGGAACUUGAACAACGAAACCGAACUUUAAGUUUGACAGGAGUUGUUAUGCAUCGUGGGUUCCAUGAAAUACCAACUGCUACCUCCCUCAACGUGGCUGCUUUCUAUUCAAGUAAUAUGCAGUCUAUACUGGCCAUAGAAAGCCGACGUCACAGUGAGAGACCAAAGAUUCGUCUAAGCCUAAAAGAUGUAGAAACAAGAGAAAAGGCUUCUACAAGCUUGUCAUUUGUUCCUUCAACUGAAAAAACAUCGGAUGCGCAUAAGACAAAUGAAUUUCUUGCCCCACCAAAUGAUCAUAAAAAAGGACAGUUACGUAAAUUAUCAAGAAUGCGUACAAGUUCUACAUUAACACCUUUGUCAGAAAAAGAGGAGGCCAACGCAGAGGAGAAUCGGACCAAUGGGACACUUGAAACAGAAAAGAAACCUAAUAGUAGAAUCAAGAGAGAUGAAAACAUAGAAUCUAAUAGUAUAUCUGAAGGACAAGUGAACCUCACGUUUAUAUCUGAAACAAAUGGAUUAGAAACAACUAUUAUUUAACAAGCUCAAUGUGCGUUUUUUUUUUUUUUAGGAUAUGUAAAUAUAUAAUUUGGAGAAGUUACAAACAGUCACCAUUAGUUUGUCUAACGCUUAGGUUAAUAAAUACACCAAUGAUUUUAAUAACUUUAUAACUUCUGUUAGAUAAAGUGACUUGAGAAAAAAAACCGUGACUUAGUUCUAUAUCCUAACCGCGUUAAAAAAAGAAACAGAAAAACGAAAAUCAGAGUGAUACUAGCAAAGCAAUAAUUCGUAUCUAAUGUGAAAAAACACAUCACAAUAAGUUCUGUACACAAGGGAACUUUAAAUUAUCAACACUCCAAAAUGAACAAGCUUGUAUAUGAAACUAUAGCCUAAAGCUUUAAGUAUUAUAUAUUGAGUCUGAUAAGGAGCCUUUUUGAAUUAAAUUCAACACCAGCCAUAUACACGGUUUUUACAGGUCAAAUACGUAAUAUAUUUUGUACAUACCUAAUACUGGAUAUUUAUGUAUGAAAAAUGUGGCUCUCCUUAUUUUCUUAGUGCUAGCUUAAUUUAAAAUAUAGUAACUAAAAAAUUAAAAUCAACUACAACAAAUGAUGUCAUUAUUGAGCAUACUCCUCGAUUUAUUAUCAAUUAAUUUCUCUUUGACAUGCAAUUUGACAUUAUUAAAUAACGUGUCUGUCGUAUCCCAUACAUCCUGAUGAAAGGCUUCGUCGAGACUGAAUAACAUAGAAGAUAUAGUGUCGUUGAUAUACUAUUACCAUUCGUCAUUAAUUUCACUCAUAAGUUCUUAGAAUUCGCAUAAGAAUGUA